AUGUCAAACAACAUUCGAACAAUCAACCCCGCAACCCACGAGGUCAUCUUUGAACAAGCUGGCACUUCUCUUGAAGAAGCCAUCCAGGUGGCUGCCACUUCAAAGAAGGCCUUCAAGUCUUAUCAAAACACCACUUUGGGCGAGAGGAAGAAUAUUGUCAAGCGAUUUCUUGACAUCGUCGAGAAGAACCGAGAUGAGCUAGCCAGUGAGCUUACACUUCAAAUGGGUCGGCCGAUCCGCUACUGCGCUGGUGAAAUCAACACCAUGCGUCUGCGUGCCGAAUACUUGAUGGACAUCGCCGACGAGAGUCUAUCCGAUUUGCCUGGUCGGGCUGAGGCUGGGUUCCGCCGGUCUGUCAAGCGAGUUCCCCUCGGCCCAGUUCUUAUUGCUGGGGCUUGGAAUUACCCAUAUUUGACUACUGUCAACGCACUUGUUCCAGCUCUUUUAGCCGGUAACAGUGUGAUCCUGCGCCCCUCACCUCAGACUCCGCUGUUUGGAAACAAGAUGCUCGACUUCUUCACCGAGGCUGGACUCCCGUCCGAUGUUCUCCAAAUUGUCCACAUUGGAAAUCUCGAUGUAUUGGAUCAAGUCGCGCAAAUUCCUGACGUUCAAUCCGUAUCCUUCACUGGCUCGACUGCUGGUGGAAUCAGGCUGAGAGAGGCGACGGCUCGUCACAUCAAGCCAGUCAACCUUGAGCUUGGUGGUAACGACCCCGCCUAUGUUCGGCCUGACGUGGAUGUGAAGCAUGUUGCAGAGCAGCUUGUGGACGGAGCUGUCUUCAACUCUGGACAGAGUUGUUGCUCUAUUGAGCGCGUCUAUGUGCACGAGAAAGUAUACGAUGAGUUCUUGCGUGCUGUGCAAGCAGAGCUGAGCUCUUACAAACUUGGCGACCCGAAGGAUCAAACCACAACCACCGGCCCUGUCAUCUCAGCACAAGCGGUUGAGAAGAUCACGGCGCAUGUUAAGGAUGCAUUGGUCAAGGACCCAAAAGGAAACUUCGUGGCUCCCAUUGUGUUGACCAACGUCAACCACACCAUGGCUACCAUGAAGGAAGAAACAUUCGGCCCCGUUAUGCCCAUUAUGAAAGUAUCAAGUGACGAUGAGGCGGUGGAGCUGAUGAACGAUAGUGACUUUGGUCUGACUGCCAGUGUUUGGACCAAGGACAUCGCGCGUGGAGAAGAGUUGAUUGAUCGCAUUGAAGCGGGCACAGUGUUCAUCAACCGCUGUGACUACCCAAGCCCAGAUCUUGCCUGGACUGGUUGGAAGACUUCGGGCCUCGGUUGCACCCUUGGCCCACGAGGCUAUGAUGGAUUCACCAAAUUGAAGAGCUAUCACAUUAAGGAUGGUUCAUCAUGA